AUGGGUAUUACGAUACGACAGGCGACAAUAAAUGACGUUCAGGCGAUGCAAAAUGCCAACUUGCACAAUCUACCGGAAAACUACCAGCUCAAAUACUAUAUGUAUCACAUUCUUUCGUGGCCACAAGCUUCGUUUGUCGCUACUACAUACGACGAAAUAGUUCCAGUGAAUGACGAAGAAGUUGAUAUAGAUAAUGUGGAAGACCCCAAGGGUGAUACUGCGUACAUAAACAAGGGUGAAAAGAUUGUUGGCUACGUAUUGGGCAAGAUGGAAGACGAUCCCGAGGCAGCAGACAAGUCUGUCCCACAUGGUCAUAUUACAUCUUUAUCUGUCAUGAGGACAUAUCGUCGAAUGGGAAUUGCUGAGAAGUUGAUGCGCCAGUCGCUUUACGCCAUGUGUGAGCUGUUUGGUGCCAAAUACGUUUCAUUGCAUGUACGGAAAUCGAAUAGAGCAGCCUUGCACUUGUAUAGAGACUCUUUGCAGUUUGAAGUGCAGUCAAUCGAAAAACUGUAUUACCAAGAUGGAGAAGAUGCAUAUGCAAUGAGAUUGGACUUGAAGUUGGAAGAAUUGUUACCUUCGCUAGCGCAAAAGGCACCAGAGGAUGAUUUGACUCAAGAUUUAUUAUUAUAA